GUGAAAUAAUGCUGUUCAGUAUAAGACAACUACACUUGAGAGUGAUUUGUAAUAGAAAAAUUUUGGAUACAUUUAUUGCUAAAUCUACAACAAAUCUACAAAGAAAAUGUAAAUAUACUAGAUGGGCACAUCGUAAACCAAUUGCAAUAGUGAAUAAAAAUGAGUUGUUUGAUGAUCAAAAUGUGAUUGAUACAAAGAUAUUACAGAGAAAACGACAGAGUAUUAUGGUCAGAAAAAUUAAAUCACAAAGUAAAGUUUCUCCAAAUGAAGAAACUCUUUUAGAUAAGGAUACUGAUAAAAUGAAUAAUGAAAAUGGAUGGAGGAAUCGUAUCAUCAAACUCAAAGAAAAUGAUAGUAUUACUAGGUCUUUAAUGAUAAAUGUAAAGUCUCGUAAGAAACGAAAGAAGAACGAUCAGAUUCUUCUAGAAGGCUAUCGACUAGUCAAAGAUGGGAUAGAAGCUGGAGUAAAGCCCAAAGCUAUUUUUUUUUCAAGAUUAUCUGAGAUUAUGAAUUUAAAUUUGCAAGAAGAUGUUAAAUUAUUUCAAAUUCCAUAUAAAACAAUACAAUUAUGGAGUAAUUUAACAACUUCUCCUGGAAUUAUAGGUAUCUUCCCUAUUCCUGAUACUGAAAAAAUAGAACCUGCACCUAAUGCUUUGCCUCUUACAAUUAUCUGUGAGAAUAUUCGCGAUCCAGCAAAUUUAGGUUCUAUAAUCAGAAUUGCUGCUGGUGUUGGAUGUGAGAAACUAAUUUUAUUAAAAGGAUGUGUGGAUUUAUGGGAUAUGAAAGUAUUGAGAAGUGCAGUUGGUGCACAUUUCAGAUUACCAAUAUACCAAUCAACUUCUAAUGAUCUUUCAUCAUUCAUAUCCGAUGGAAUGAAUGUUUUUGUUACGGAUAACAAUGCAAUAUAUAAUACAAACAAGGUUUUCAAUACCUUUAAUUCAGAGACUAAGUAUUCCAUUUCUAAGAUUUAUGAGAAUUUUGAUCUUCAGAAUAUGGAAUUUCCAAAGUCUGAUGAAAAUUUAAAACAAUCUGAAAUGAAGAAAAUUAUAAGGACAUUAAAAUCUCUGUUUCCAAUUCUUCCAUAUUACGCUAUUGAUUAUUGUACGAACGAAAUUGCACUUGUAAUAAGUGGUGAAACAGAAGGAUUGAGCCUAGAAACGCUUAAAUUGCUGUGGGAAAAACGAGCCGUACGUGUGAAUGUACCUUUAUUAAACAACGUCGAAAGUUUAAAUGUCGGUGCGGCAAUUGCUAUAAUAUCGUUUGAAAUUCAACGACAGAUUGUAUUUAAGCAAAGAGAAUAAAUUAAUAAUUUCUAUUACGAUCAA